UUGCUAAAAGCCUCCAAUUUCGGAGUCAUCGAAAACUUGACGCCGUUGGAAGCGAUGGCACCAUGGUCAAUUAUUAUGGUAAUGGCGCUACUCUCCACUGCUCUGACUGCAGAGGACUGCUUCAGUUCAGGUUCAAGAUCUGACUGCAACACGAAAGUCCACGAACUGGAAGAAGACGCCAAGCAGGCUUUCGAGUCUACUAUGGUGUCUUGCCUCAAGGAAGUCAAGGGGGACACGCAGGACGUGGACCAGCUGAAGCAAGCCGUCUGCGCAACUCCAGUGCUUAAACGAAAGUUCCUGGAGUGCUUCAAGAAUGACCUCGCCGGCGCCUUGGUGGAGAACACCAUAUUCAACCACCAAAUCCGGUCCAGAGGCAGGGAAAUUCUGAAGUGCUACGAGGAUUCGCUCAAGUGAAGUGGCGCGCACUCUUAUUUGGACUCGGGGAGGGCUUGCGGGUAUGCCGACACGCCGAGAGCGAGUUCGGAAUAAACACUUGUUUUUGUGGUGA